AUGUAUCGAUGUGAAAAAUCAUCAAAAUGUAUUUCAAAGCAACGUCUUCUUGAUGGCAUUCCUGACUGUCCAUUUGAUGAUGAUGAAACAUUUAAUCAAAGUUGUUCGCUUAACGAUAUUCGUCAACGUUUUAGAUGUUCAAAUGAUAACAAUGAAAAAUGUUUUGCAUCAUUAGUUAUUCAAGAUGGAAAGAAAGAUUGCAAAUAUGGCGAAGACGAAAGCAAUAAAAAGCAACAGAUGAUAGAGAAGCAUAUUUAUUUUCAAGCGAUAUGUGAUGGAAUAACAGAAUUGUUACCUGUAUUGAUUGAUGGAAAAAAUGAAACAGAUGAGACACAAUGUCAUUAUUGGCCAUGUAAUAAUACUUACUCUAGAUGUGAUCAAUUUUGGUCGUGUAAAGAUGGAGCUGAUGAAGUUAAUUGUCCAUCUUCGACUUGUCCUGAACUCUAUCAUGAAUGUGUUUUCCCAAAUGAUACAUCUAAAGUGUCAUGUUUACCAAUUACUAAAUUUUGCCGAUAA